AUGUACCGUCUAAUACGAGAUUUCCUAGGACGGGACGAACAAAGUACUGAACCUGACGUACAGGAUAACUUGGAAACCUCUACGACUUCGAUAGACCAGAUGCAAGAGGACGGACAACAAAUGAGUGAUAAUUUUCAGGAAGGAUUAGAUAAUGAAGAUAGUAUUGAAACGAUAACGAAUGAGACCGUGCAAGUGACAGUUUCGAAUGUUACUGAGAGCGAAAGUAUUACGGGUGCUGAUAGUUCGUCGCCGCCGUCUUCGUCGCCACGGUUCAGUGCUGCCCCCGUGUUUACUGUUCAAAAUCCGGAAAUACCCCCCGCUAGUAUUAUUUCACCUACUAUCACGCCUAUAAUUUCACCCUCCAUCACAUCUACCCAGCUCGUCUCGCCACCAGCAAAAUCACCAACGACGUCAACACCUCCACGAAUGCCAAAUCCUUCAGAUUUACCUAUUCCGUUUUUUCGACCCGAUUCCUCCGAUUCUCUUAACGCCCCUAACCAAUCUAAUCUUCUUAAUAUCAUAAAUCCAUCGGCGUAUCUGCAACCCUCUUACUCAACAAAUUCAAUGUCAUCGACGACAUCUGUUACAAUGACAUCAUCAAGUGGCACUCCCCAAGAACCAGGAUCACCUCCAUAUCCACCACCACUAGCGCUUAGAGCUGAUCCGACAUUGAAUAUCGAUAGAGCCUCGACCGAAUCUCUGAAAUUGGCUUUAUUUGGACCGCAAAGGAUGGAGAUGGAGAAUGAAAAGAAGGAUGAGGGAACUGGCAGUGAAACUACUCAAACGCGUGUACAAGACGUUCACAUCGCGGUUGCUGAAGAACCCACACCCGACGCAGUAUUAAGCGACGACUCUGUAGAAGUAGUUGACUACAACAAGCUUACCACUCUCGAAUCAAUACCACCUACUUCCACUUUAUUAUCAACGACCAAAGCAAGCUCAUCAUCUGGCAAUUCACUGUUUACAUAUCAAAAUCCGUUUAAUGUGUUCAAAAAAGCUGCCGCGACAACGACUGCAAGGAGUAAGGGAGGUGGAAGUGCGCCGGGACAAAGUCAGAAAGCGGAUGGAAGUAUGGAUAAGAAUGUCAGUGUAAAGACUGAAGGGCAAUCGGUAGGACAAAAAGCGAAAAUGUCCUCUGAAGGAGCAGCAAUGUUUGGAGAAAAACCAAUUGCAGACUAUUCGCAUAUGGAGCCAUCCUUGCCAGAUACCACUGCAUGGAAUAUACGGGCUUCUAUGACUAGGAAGAAUUUGUCGGGAGAUAUCCCCGAUGGAAUGAGACUUCCUUCAAACGAUAUUGUAAUUGACAUGUUACAGCAGAACGAGUCAAUGAUAUCAACGAGAGAUUUGGAACUCACCACGAUUACAAGGGUUAUAAGAAGUGAUACUGACUAUCGAACAUCGAAAUUGAUUGCUGCAAAUGAUCAUUUUAUAUGCUACGCAGUCAAAGGAGGUAAAGUCCGAAUAAUAAGCAUCCAAUAUGGAAGCAAGGCGCUCGUUCGACUCCAAGGCACGCAAAUAAUUGACGUAUGCCUCCAAUACUCUAGCCACAAUAACUGUCACUUUCUUCUCGCUAUUGACGACGUUAGUACAGUUACUAUUUGGGAAAUCUCGGAGCCACCACAAACAGUAGAUGAGGAAAUUCCGUGUAAAGUUGUCUUUGAAUUAGACGCAAAAACUAUGGCAUCCGAACCGAGGCCACCAAGAUAUACAAGAGCUGUUUGGCAUCCCAACCGAACUGUGUUUGCAGUUGCUACUGAUACUAAUGAGGUUGGAAUAAUUGAUGUGGCAAAAGUUUCUGAAGGUAAAAAUGGUGUGACUCAUAAGGAGGAAGAAAUAUGGUCAAAUGUCGCCAAGACCGAGAAAUAUGAUGAGCCAGUCGAAGACCUGGCAUUCUCAUCUGACGGCACAAUUCUUGCAACCGCCAGUGGUCAUUACGUCAAAUUUUUUGACGUUCAACAACUCACUUCGAAUCCACACGAGGCUGUUGUCGUGCACAGCAUAAACCUUCAUGGCGAAAGACCAUCCUCAAUUCUUUUCGUUGACCUUCAAGAAGGCCUGUCUUUAUUCAACAAAUCAUCAGUGUUUGAUUACAUUAUUAUUGGUGCUAACAGAAACAGCGUAUUGAGAUUAUACGAUGCGACAAUGGAGAGUGCUAUUCAAGAGAUUAAAUACAUACCCCCGAAAGAAGAGACAAGAGAUGGACGUAGUGGAAAGGCGUUAACUAAUGAAAGAAAGAUGUUCAAUUGUGUCGCGUUUGAACAGAAAAGUCGGUGUUUGAUAGUAGGGAAUAGUGUUAGAAUGUCUAUAUUUGCUGUGCACUUGGAUACAAGUAAGAAAAAGUUCGAUUACAUAAUUGAGUUCCCGGUUGAUCAAUUCAUAAUCAGCUUUGUAAACGUCCCGGAAUCAGAUGGUUUCAGCGUCUACUGCAUUCAGACAGAUGCCGUGCAACAGUAUCGGUUAUACCCAGAAAUGUUAUAUCCAAACAGCCUUGAAAGAUGUCCUGAAUUUAAGUGCGAACCAAUCAUAUUCAUGCAGAAGAAAACUGAUGAUAAGACAGACAAAGGAGCAGUAGAAGUCAUUUCGUCCGAAGGAGCAGAACCGAAGGUUAAAGCGGCUGAGAUAGAUAAAGAGCAGAGCGUAACAGAGUCUGUUAGAGCACUGACUGCAGGAAGCCAAACCAAAGAUACAAAUACAAUUCCAGAGAAUACUCUACCACAGCCAAUCAAACAACCAUUAAGCGCAUCACCAGCAACGGUUACUCACGACCAGUCCUCUUUGCAUCCGCCUCAUCCCCCUGCGUCUACUUCAGCUACGACUUCUGCAACCGCCUCGACAUCGACCUAUACAGAAUCUCAUUCUUCAAUAGUCCGGGCAGUCUCCGAAUCACAACCCGCAGAUGAAGAAGAUAAAAAAGAUAAUCAAAAAGCUGUCUCAACUGGUAACAUUAAACUGUCUGGUCCUGUUGUCAACGGUACUAUUGCAAGAUUAAAGGAGAAGAAGAAGGCCGAAAAAGAACGAGCUUUAGCUGCUGCAGGGACGGGAGAGAUAGUGUCAGAUUCUGAGAGACCCACGAGACAACCAUCGCAGAAGAAUAAAAAACCUGCAGAUGUGCAAAAACUCAAUGGGAAAUCAUCGAAUGCGAAUGAGAAAUCACGCAAGACAGAAGCACAGGCUCAACAGGAAAGCUCCAAUCACAAAGCAGAUGGAAACACUUCCAAGGAGUUUAGGAAACUGGAAGAAAAUAUUGUUAACAAAGUGCAAAAAGUGUUCAUUAAAGAAAUGGAUAAACAAUCACAAGAACUAAAAUCCGAUCGUAUACAGCAUCAAGCUCAUGAGACAGCUCGACAACAAUCAAUUCUAAAGGUUGUUUCCGAAACGUUGAACAAUAAUACGUCUCAGCUAAUGACCCAGACAAUAAGACAUGAAGUGGAAACUAUGCUUGUGCCGGCAUUGACUAGGACACUAACCAGUACGGUUGAUAAUAAAGUAAAGCAAGCGUUACCUGAGGCUAUAAGUAAGUCGAUCCCGGUCGCAAUCGAGCGAGCUGUAUCUGAAAAUGUUUCCAAAGUUCUUUCCAAACCGGCUGUUAUUGAAUCGAUUGCCAAGGGCGUGUCCAAAGCAAUGCGGCCAACCGUUGACGAAAUAUUUAAACAAUCGUUUACCGGCAUCCUUGUCCCUCAACUCCAAGAAGCCACGGCCGUAAUGUUCUCGCAAAUAAAUCAAACAGUAGAAGAGGGCUUGCAACAUGUUGCAGAAAGGAGUGAGAAAAGUUUGACCUCUAUUGGAGCGGGUGAGAAGGGAAUUAAAGAUGUUCACGGAAGAUUAGAACAAUUAGAAAGGUGUAUAAGAGACUUGCAGCAAACGCAGGUGGAAUUGCUUAAUACAAUAAAGGGAAUGCAACAGCAACGACAGCAAGAAUUGCCUCAGCAACAACUGCCCUCGAGCAUCCAUCCACAGCCUCUUACCACCGCAACCACUGCCACCACAACUCAUCUCCCUUCUCACAUGCCUGAGACGCAUUCGUCACACGCUACAGCCGAGGUUCAACACAAGCUGGCUCGAUCUUUGUCGGGAGAAUUGAAACGUAUGCUCAUUCCCCAAACCACUCCACGAUUGGGGCGGAUGAGUACACAGGAUGGAUAUGAAAUGGGAAAUAAGGGAGUUGGGAAUGGUGCUCUUCAACCCACUGGUAUAAUUACAUCCAUAGGAGCAGGUACACCGGUCAAUAACGUGCCUAUUUCGCUCCCCACCGCAGCUGCGCCGAUGGCUACAGCGACCAUGGCGUCCAUUCCAACUACAGCAACCAUCCCACUAUCUACAGCCACCACUAUUCCGCAACCUACCACAUCUAUAAUUCCCCAACCUACUGCAUCUAUAAUUCCCCAACCUACUGCAUCUAUAAUUCCCCAAUCGACUAACACUUUUAACACAUCAAACACUUCUCUAAUUACCCGUCAAGCGUUGCCUUCUCAAGCGGAACACACUAUUGUACAUCACCGUCAGCAGACACAUCAGCGCCACCCAAGUGUGCAGCGGCCGUACACGUCUCCUAUGGAAGCCCCCGGAGUAGUUGAAUUGAGGAAUAUGAUUGAUAGGUAUUUGGAUAUGGGGAAUUUUGAAGAGGCUUUUGUUAAGGCCCUAUCAUCCAACGACGCAACGACAAUACUCCGCUUAAUUAGUAAACUGGAUCCGAAGACUAUUUUUCAUGAAGACGGCAGGACAAGUGUGUCGCAGCUUGUCGUACUCUCACUGAUUCACCAUCUGUCGAACGAAUUGGAUAAGCUAUUUGAAUUGAAAUUGUUAUGGUUAGAAGAGGCAGUUGCUCAUUUAGAUGUUAAGGAUACCUCAAUUCGAGAACACCUUCCCCAGAUCAUCCCCCCAGUUAGACAACGUCUUGAAGAUACAUACUAUCGACAAUUAGCUGAAGAUACUGCACACCCGAGUCUGAAGAGAUUUGCUAUGCUCAUAUAUAGGAUGACAUCGGGAACCGGCUUGUAUGUGUUGCUCUCAGAAGUGCUUGUCCAUAUUGGUGUUAAUACCAAUUUAAAGGACGCAUCACAGAGUAUAUUACAGCCACUGCGCAACAGGCUUGAGAAAGAGUUGGCUCAACCCCCACCGGUCAAAUUCCCCGAAAUAUGCACUAGGCUCAAGAUCCGUAUACAAUGGUUGCGUGAUACUGUAUCAAAAUUCCGCAAGGAUAACCCACGAUUGUAUUUGGCAGUUGUGCUCAAUACAUGUUUUCUCCUUGCACUUCUGGGAAAGCUAAUGUCGCCCAUGAGACAAGCUGUCCUCAUUGUAAAUUCAUUACUGUUGAUUCCGCCGUUCAUGCACUACGAGGCGACAACCAAAUUCCAGGCUUUGUGUGAGAACCAACUCUGGGUUGAUGUAUGGAAAUGGUUAAAUGAUACAGUACUCAAGCUCCCGAAUCAAAGCUCACAGAACGCCGACUCAUUCUUCCAAACAAGCGCCGACUCCACACGACCCUAUUCCCCACCAAGCAAUUAUCGCGAAGAGGUUGUUACUGCAACCGGACGACUUGUGCCAGGAAAUAGAACAAUCGCAGAAGAGCAUGAUAAAAUAGUACCGCUCACGGAAGAAGAGAAAGUGAGUAACAUAGAAAGCCGGAGGAGCAAGGACCAGAAUGAUAGAAGCGAAGAUAUGGAAUUGGGCGAACGAAAGGUUGUAAAAGAAUUAGAAGAAGAUACGGUAAAGGAACAAGAGAACGUAACAAAGGGAGUGGUAAAAGAAGAGACAGGAACGAAUAAUAUGGAUGUGGAUGAAGCGAAAGGGCAAUUGGAACAGACAAGGAAAACAGAGGAGAAGAAAGAGGGGAACGAUAACAGCGUGAUGUCAUCCACGUUACUAGCCUCUAAUAAACCCGAAGACAAACCAUCUGACGUCUUACAACAAGAUUCAACCGUUAUUCAAAAUCUGCCACCGCCAAUCCAUACUGAAGAGGAACACGGUUCAGAGACCCCUAAAUUUGAAGCCAAAGACCAUAUGACCAUGUCUGCUGUAGGCGAACGGAUUAAAGAAGCACUUGCGGAAUCUACUGCAGCUCUUACUGCUGAUGAUAAUAACGAAAUGAAUGAUUCUGUCCUCGACGGUGAAUGGGAGAAAGACUUUGAAAUUAUUAAGGAAGACUAA